GCUGUAUAGGAAGUGAAAAUGGCGGCGGUUGUCCCAGCCACUCUGAAAGCCAUAUCUCCAUACCUUAAAACGGCCCAAGAGUACGAUAAACGAGAUGCCGUUGUGGCUUACUACUGCCGCCUUCAUGCAGUUCAGAAAGGUAUCAAAAUUGAUAGUAAAAGCAGUGAGGGCAAAUCAUUCCUGUUGAAGCUAAUGGACCAGCUUGAAAAGAGAAAGAAAGAGUUAAUUGAGCAGGGUCAUGAAGCUGUUUCUGAUGAUAAUAUUGCCAAGAUUCACAUAGAGGAGAAAGCUGUACAGUUAUUUUUGUGGGCAGACACUGAAGACCGUGCUGCAAAUUUUAAUAAAAAUGUUGUUAAGUCAUUUUACACAGCCAGUCUUCUCUAUGAUGUUUUGGCACAGUUUGGAGAAUUGUCGGAAGAGGCAUUGCAUCACUGUAAAUAUGCUAAAUGGAAGGCAGCUUACAUUCACAAGUGUCUGAAAAGCGGAGAAACACCUAUACCAGGUCCUGCUGGUGGAGAUGAUGAAAAUCUGGGUGGGGAGGCUGAGGGAGGGAUGGCGCCUUACCCUCCCUUAGGCCCUACCGACACACAGCAGCCUCCUUACCCUACCAAUACACAGCAGCUUCCUUACCCUACCACCACAAGUGGAAUACCAGGACAGUUUCCCUCUCAGCCAUACCCUCCCGAUCACACACAUUUUCCAACACCACCUGCACAGCCGAGUGCACAUCCGAGUGCACAGCCGUCUCCUACAGUCGCACCUGUCCACCCAGUGGUGCCACCAACUAUACCGUCUUCGGCGACGCCGCCAACUAGCAGCUUAUCUCCUGAGGAUAACGAAAAGGCUCAGAAAUAUUGCCGCUUUGCCGCCAGUGCCUUACAAUACGAGGACGUCCAAACAGCAGUCGAGAAUUUGCACAAAGCACUGGCGUUGUUGCAGAAGUGACUUUUUUCGGUGGGUAAUAUGUCAGACGGCGAAAUCUUAGCAUUCUGUGUCAUGAACCUAGGCACAAGAGAACAAAAUUUUGCUGCAAUGUUUUGUGUGGAGUCUGAUUGAUUUGAAAUAUCAGGAGGCAGUAAAGAGAAACUGAUCCGGACAAUUUACAAGAGAAAUAUACUCUUUUGAGACUGAAGGAAUACGCUGGCAUCUGUAAUUAUUUUUAACCUAAGGAUACUGGAAAUGACUGCAGCUAGUAAGAAUAAUUUAUAUAAUGGCCAUCACUAUGUGAGCCGUUCGACCCCGCGAGUGCUUUUAUUGAAAAUCAUUUAACGAAAGUCCCGAUAUGAGGGCUGUGCGCUAUGGCGUGAGAAGGACUAAUGACCCUACGCUCCUUGUCCCUUGUAAUACAGGGGUAAAGUGUAAUCAAAUUAUUAUAGUACCAGAGUAAACUUGCAGAAUUUUCUGGAGAAAAGACUCAAUCUUUCACCUCAGUUUACUUAUGGUUUUUCAAAUGGAUAGCACAUGAAACACUAGCGGACAACAGAUGUUAAAUUAUUUGGUUUGUUUAUAAAUCGUAAGACAAUUCUAAGCUUUCAGUAACCGUCCACAGAACAAUGAAUAUUAUUUUAUUUCUAUGAUAUGCACGCACGUCUAAAUCACAUGGUCAUGACAUAAGGACCUUGCGCGACCUCGAGGCAAAUAUUCCCCCCGACCCAUUUCAGUCAAUAAGUGCAUAAUGUCAUUGUUUCAUGUUCUCACCCCAUGGAUUGGAAGAACAGAGACCCUUGGAAUACAUCGUGUCAAGAGACGGUCGUCAAUAAGUGGUGCUUUCUUUUGGUUCACUCUCGUUUAAGAAGCGAAUGUCGUUGAAGGCCGCUUUGCACAGUGGUCAACUCCCCGUAAUGAAAGUCGAUCCACCCAGCCUAUCAAGAGAUAGCAUGAGACCAAAUUGCCUUAAGUUUCGUGUCACGUCGAGCGAGUCUCCUCGGGGCAAAUCGACUACCUAAUGAAAUGGACUGUUACUACGAUUUUCAUCCUCUGUAAUGAAGGGUCGUAAUCGUCUUCUCUUGCACAGGGUGUACAUUAUUCUGCGGCAAAUGUUCACAAACUUAAUUAGUGUGUUCGUCAGCACACCUUAAUGAAGCUUACUCUGUUUACUCUCAGUUUCACUUUUUCUUGCCUCAGUUUAAGGUUCGAAUGAAUCAUGGGAAAAAUAAGAUGUGAAAUAAAAUACAGACUGUAUCGGA